UUGUUUUUUUUUCUCCCCCUCAGCUGGGGGAUGUGUCUACUCGGCUGGUGCUCUUUAUAAUGUCUCCCUUCUUCCUUUUUUUCAGUAGUAUGUGGGAAGAUAAGCUACAAGGAUGCCGAUGAUUUCCUUAUACAUUUUUGUAAAGUUUGUCGUUAUUUAAGAUAGCAUAGCUGAAUAAUUAGCUGGUUUUGUUCAGGGUCCAAGCAGAAAAUGGAUACGCGGGUAUCGGAGCUUUUCGGGACAGGUUCCGCUUUCAGACCCGGCGCUACUGCAGGAACCGGCUCGGCUUCACAUAACGCCGCGGCAGUGGCGCCCAAAAGGGCGCCCUCAAAAAAUGGCAAAAAGGCAAAAAGCCGCUCUGCCCGACAUUCAAAAUCGAGCAAUAACCCACCCUAUCUACCUCCAGAGGCUGAAGAGGGAAAUAUAGAGUACAAGCUGAAGCUGGUGAACCCCACACAGUAUCGCUUUGAGCACCUGGCCACACAGAUGAAAUGGAGGCUGCAGGAAGGCAGAGGGGAGGCUGUGUAUCAGAUCGGUGUAGAAGACAAUGGCUUGCUUGUUGGAUUAUCCGAGGCAGAUAUGAGAGCUUCGCUCCGGACCCUCCAUAUGAUGGCUGAGAAGGUGGGUGCUGACAUUACAGUUCUCAGAGAGAGAGAGGUGGAUUAUGACUCGGAGGAGCCUCGAAGAAUUGCAGAAGUCCUCGUCAGGAAAGUGCCAGAUGACCAGCAGUUCCUGGACCUACGGGUAGCAGUGCUGGGUAAUGUGGACUCGGGGAAGUCCACUCUCCUUGGUGUGCUCACACAAGGAGAGCUGGAUAAUGGCAGGGGCAGAGCACGACUAAACCUCUUUAGGCAUCUCCAUGAGAUUCAGACAGGAAGGACCUCCAGUAUCAGCUUUGAGAUCCUGGGCUUUAACAGCAAAGGAGAGGUGGUGAAUUACAGCGAGUCACGGACAGCGGAGGAAAUUUGUGAGAGCGCCUCAAAAAUGAUCACCUUCAUAGACUUGGCUGGUCAUCAUAAAUAUCUGAAGACUACCAUCUUUGGCCUCACCAGCUACUGCCCUGACUUUGCCAUGCUGGUGGUCAGUGCAAACACUGGCAUCGUGGGCACCACACGGGAGCACCUUGGUCUGGCCAUGGCUCUGAAGGUUCCGAUCUUCAUCGUGGUCAGUAAAGUGGAUCUGUGCACAAAAGCCACGGUGGAGAGAACUGUACGGCAGCUGGAGCGCGUCCUCAAGCAGCCUGGCUGCAACAAAAUUCCACUGGUGGUGAACAACGAAGACGACGCCGUGACUGCAGCCCAGCAGUUUGCACAGUCCCCCAGCAUCACGCCGAUCUUCACAUUGUCCAGCGUAUCAGGAGAGAACCUAGAGCUGCUCAAGGUGUUCUUUAACAUCCUGCCGCCCCUCAGCAACAGCAAAGAGCAGGAGGAGCUCAUGCAGCAACUCACCGAGUUCCAGGUUGAUGAGAUUUACACAGUUCCUGAUGUUGGCACUGUAGUGGGAGGAACUCUUUACAGUGGUAUCUGCCGAGAGGGGGAGCAGUUAGUGGUAGGUCCGAUGGAUGACGGCCAGUUCUGCGAUCUCACCGUGUGCAGCAUCCAGAGAAACCGAUCAGCAUGCAGAGUGCUCCGAGCAGGACAGGCAGCUACCCUUGCACUGGGCGAGUUCGACCGCUCGUUGUUACGAAAGGGAAUGGUGAUGGUGAGUCCAGAGAUGCAUCCCACUGUCUGCUGGAUGUUUGAGGCUGAGAUCGUACUGCUCUUCCAUGCUAAGACGUUUCACAAGGGCUUCCAGGUGACCGUACAUGUGGGCAACGUGAGACAGACAGCCACAGUGGAGGCUCUGCAAGGGAAGGAGGAACUGCGCACAGGUGAGAAAGCGGUGGCACGAUUCAAAUUCAUCAAGCAUCCAGAGUACCUCAAAGUUGGAGCCAAGCUGCUUUUUAGACAUGGAGUUACCAAAGGAAUUGGACAAGUCACUAAGCUACAACCCUUGUCCCAGUACCAACACCAAACAUAGAGUCUCAUUCUUACUCUUACCCUCUCUAUUUAUCUCUCUCUCUUUGUCUUUCUCUCUGUCUCAGCCAGCUCAGAGGAUACAAGCACAGCCUAGAAAAAUACACCAGUCCUUCAAUCAUCCUCCGAGUCCUUUUUGUAAUCCCCCACAACCCCCGAAUCAUUUACAUUUCCUUUUCUUCUGCCAAAGCCUUUCCUCCACCGACCUCAAGCUUUUAAUAUAUUUUUUUAAUAGAAACGUUUUUUCCUCUUUAAGAUAUUAGUCUAGUUUAUAGAUUUCUUUUAAUUUUUUUUAACUAUGGCAAUAGAAUUAUAAGGAAGUGAGUUGGUCCUGCUUUAAGCAUAAAUGUAAUGGACACCAUAUCGAGGUCAGAUUUGAAGUCUAGUAGCUGUUCUUGUCAAUAUGAGUGGACACAGCAAUUUGAGGGUUUUUAAAGUGAAUCAACUGGCUGGCUGAUUAGGGAAAUGAUAGCUGAGCUCGAAUUCGUUAUUUACCUCAUCAGCGUUGUUUGUUUUGACCUUUUUUCCCCCCUUUAAAGCCUUCUAAUGAGCUCCUUGCACAGUUCACACUCGUUUAACCACAAAAUACAAGCAAAGCAUGAGCAUGCUUCAUCACCACUUCAGAAUUUAGUCCCGGCCUAAUUUAUGUCGAACUAAAUUCUGCAGCUUGGUAGAUCUCUUGGAAAGGUACUGGAAACCUUUAUAUUAAUAAUUAAAGGCAACAGACUUGAGGAUCAUUUUGAAUGAGAGUUACUUUUCGUAGGUGUCCGAGUCUAAUCAUGUGUUCACAAGUACUCCGUAAAGUGUAAUGUAUUUUAAUGGCAGCUACAAUGGUGACUGAGUUUUAUCACUAUCUUGUCAACCAACUAUUUAAACUAAAAUGCCAUCACUUAGCGUCAUCCAACUUAAACCUGCUAACAGUCUGAUGUCUUCUGUAAAAAGGAUGACUGAUGUGAAACGAGGCACUUUAACGUAGCAGCAGGCUCAGGCUGUUCAGGGUCGAAUGUUUCAGCUCAAUGAGACCCGCUCACUGAAGGUGUCUCACACUGCCUUAUGAUCAUGUGGUUCUCUGUGCUUCACUGUUGCUGAAUACCACUUCGUAUGACAAUAUCAGUAUCGUCCUAUAUGUAGUAACAUUGAUAUUCUUGCCUACACUCAAGUGCUUUAGUUGCUCAGGAAGUGUUGCAUGUUUCCUCCUUCACACUGACCCUAAAUCAAGAGAAAGUAGAAAUCGACUUGAGCAGCUCUGAAGAAUGAAAACCGGUCUCUCUCAAAGCAUCUCUGCUGCUCUUUUACUGAUUAUGCAAAAUGCACUGCAGGCCUCAGGCAGGAUUUUUUUUUUUUUUUUUUUUUCCUCACCUUGUAUGUCACAGACGUUCCUUGUUGACGAUCUUCUCGUUUUCUUUAGGUUACUGAUAUCACAAUGUUAAAUCGAGGUGCUCUUUCGUAGUGCCUUGAGCCUGAUGAGCUCCUUUUAUUAGGUUUGAUGUCGAACCCCACACAGGUUUUUUUUGUAGCUUUCUGAACUCGGUGCUAAACCUUUACUAUCAAGGGUUGAUACAUUAGUUUCUAAACCCUGACAACGUGUCUCUACAACAACCAGUUUAUGCAUGUCAUGUUCUCAUACGUACCACAUUAAGGCACAUGGUAACACCUUUUAUAUGUUGUACAUUGUGUUUCUUGUGCAAUUUUUAGAGGUAGGAAAAACAAAUGUAUUUAAAACCAAAAUGUAAUAAAGGUUUAGCUAUUUAGUAAUUUCUAGUUUUAUCCACUGUUCUAUUUUUGACACCUGUUUUGAUGUCUUUUUUCUGGGCUUGCCAAGAAAAGAGACUGGAAAAGAAAAUUGCCUUUUUUUUCCUGUUUUAUUUCUUGAAGAAUUUUAGAAUUUUAGCUUUACUUUUUGGUGAAUUGAUGAAAAAAAUAAAUUUGUAUAUUUAUGGUGUAUAUAUCUAUAUAUAAUAAAAUAUAAUGUUCAUGA